AUGAACACGCCCGCGGCCCGACGACAGCUUCCGCGGCUACUCCAGGCGCCGCCGCCGCCGUUGCCGUCCCCGUCUCCGCGAUGGCGUAGGUCGAACAGUCACCGGGCGGUCUGGACCGGCUCCCGGCCCCUCGUCGAAGACCCGAACGAGAAGAAGACGAAGCAGAACGGGGAAACCCAGCAACCGUCCAUCUUCGAAGAGAUCUUUCCGGACGAAGAUCUCUCCACGUUGCCCUACCGAAGGGACCAGAAACAGCAGCGCGAUGACCGAGACCCCUCCUCCUCCUCGUCCUCCUCCUCUAAAGUCCGCAUCGUUACAUCAACCCACGUCGACAAGUCCGAGAUGACGGAGUGGAACGCCAUGAGGAAUGCCGUCAAGACCGCUAGGCUCGUCGACUACCGGAGGAAAAAGCGAGAGGCGACUUCCACCGUCGCCAACAUGCUAGGGCCGAAGCAAGAGCUUGAGCCAUGGGGGCCUGUGGGAUCCGGUAUUCCUACACUCGGUUCGAAGCCUGAGGAAGCUGGCAGCGCAAGCAGCGGGACCGUUGCGAAGACCAAAGAAGCGCCAUCGUUGUCCGACGAGCUGUUCAAAAGCGACGACCCUCCUAAGACGAGGACGCCGGCUGUGGAAGACAGACACGUCGACCACGGCGACUUGCAAGCCUGGAUCGACUCCCUCCCCCAAGAAGAAGGCCGCGGGCCAUCACCGGAAGGCAGGGAGAGGCCGGCGAUGCUCAUUCUGUCCAACGCGAGCACCAACCUCAGCGAGAGCGACUUCUACCGCGUAGGACCCCAGGGACAACAUCUCGACGGCUGGGGAGCCUCGAUAAGCAAAGUAAUGCAAGCCUAUGAUUACAACACGCUCCAGCCCCUGGGCCGAUACUUCAUUCUCUUCGAUUCCCACGCCGCCGCGGCAUCCUACCAAAUCGAAGCACAGCGCCGCUACAACCUCGCCCGCCACGCCCUACAAUCCCCCGCCGCUCCGCUGGCCGUCAACUCCGAGUCCGUCGCCGCCGCCGACGCCUUCACCCUCGCGCCUCUGUCCAAGGCGCCCCUAAGCCUGCAUCUCUACAAGCUCAACAAGGCCAACGAAGCCCGCCUCGAGACCUUCAGCAUCCAGGGCCUCUUGAGUAUAACCCCGGACCCGCCCCCUCGCGCCUGUUCCCAGGUAAUUCUUUCACUCGAGGGCGGCACGCUAGACCAGCGCUCGUUGUCGCAGUUGGUCAAGCGUGACGCGCGCGACAGGGGCCUGGGCUGGCCGGUGCAGCACAUGCGCCCCUACUUCCCUCCCAAGGUGUACCGCCGAGGCCUGGCUGAUGGUUCGGAGGCGCAAGAGUACGAGUGGGACGAGGACACGGCGCCAAAGAUAAUCGAUCCGGAGAAGGAGGCCAGGAGGCCGAUGGACGUGACGGCGCGGUCGGCCUUGUUUGUGCUGUCAUUUCCGGACGCCCAUGAAGCGCGGAGGUUUACCCGGGCGUGGCAUAGAAAAGAGCUUGCGAGGCCACGGGGCCACAGCUUGAUUGUGAACGCACACUUCGUAUGGUGA